UUGCUCUUUGAACACGACGUACAGGAGGUUUAGAGGCCAGUUGAGCGAAAAAAGGUGCAGUUUUCGUUACAAGAUACUAAUUUCCAGUGAUAAAUCGGAUUCUGAGCAGCUUAUUUUCAGCAAUACGUUUGAACGUGUACUUGAACAACUCCUUUUUAUUAAGGAAAAUGUUUUGAAAGGUGUUUCGUAUGAUAUACAAAACAAAAUAUCAGCUCUGUUACAGUUUACGAUUAACCCUUAAAUUGCAACCGAAACGAUGAAUACGAGCGGUCGUUUUCAGUCGGCGAAAAAUUUGCAACCGGCACGGUCACUACGGGAUCCAGUACAGAACCGCCACGGUCCGGGUGCUUUUAGUCCGAUAGCCGAGCAAAUUAGCCCCUACCAGCAGCAGCAGCAGCUACCGAUUCGCUCGCAGCAGAACAGUAUGUUAAACGGCACUGGAAAUAACGGCUUCCGAUCGCUAGCGUCACCAAAUCAUACCCUUAAUGGGAACGAUACCUAUGGGAUUUCGAAGAAUGGUUUGCGUCGACAUGAUGUGUUGCGUUCACCAAACAGUAGCUUCGGAAGUGGCGUAAGCAGUGCCAGCAGCGCUAGUGGCAAGGAAAUUCACACUAUCGUCACGUUCAGCUCAACCACUUUGUCGAUCGGCUCAACGCACCAGGUUUACGUGUCGUUCGUCGAGAAUGGACCGAAACUUUUCACCGUGCAGCUGCAAACGGCGGAAAAGGCUCUCAACGAGAUGAUGGAUUCAUUGGUGCGGAUUCCACUGAAACAUCUCUCCCGCAAGCCAAAACUGGGAAUGGCCUGUAUCGCCCGCUUUUCCGAAGAUCAAGUCCUCUACAGAGCAUUGAUAAUGGGUAUCAAUGUCGACUCCUGUUUGGUGUCCUACGUUGACUACGGAAACAGUGAGACCGUUGAUUUCCAAAAUUUGUACGAAAUUCCGAAAGAGUUUUUGAAGCAUAAGGUAUUCUCCAUGAGAUUCACACUGUCGAACGUUAAAACGGUGGAAAAUGCUAAUGCCGAUAUUGCUGGACUGUUUUCUUCGUUGGUUUUGGAUAAAUUGCUUACAAUGAAAGUAAUGCCACUAGAGGGUCCUGCCUUUGUUCAAUACUGUGAGUUGUACGAUCGGAAUGAGAACGUCCUCAACAAGUUGGUUGAUAUGUGCAAGUCUAAACCGCUCAAAUAUCCGGAAGCUAUUUCUUUGGACCGUGGAACCAGCUGUAUGAUUAUUAUCCGGUACAUCGAAUCGUGCAGAAAGUUCUUCGUACAGUUGGUAGAUAAUCUCGAAUCACACGAUGCCUCAAUGGACGAGUUCAGCGAUUUUUGUCGCAAAAGCUCGGUGAUGUCGGAGCUGAAUUUGCGUGAUCCAUGUGCCGCUUGUCUGAACGGUGAGGGCGAUUACCGGGGGGAAAUCAUCGAACAGGUCGGCGGUAAGGUUAGAGUAAGACUAGUCGAUUAUGGCUACGUUAUUACCGUGGAAAAGAGCAAGAUCAAACGUCUGUCACCGGCUUUUCUGGAACAACCGCCGCAGGCUAUCGAGUGCUGUCUGGAUGGUUUUCUCGAACUAAGCGAUGAUAACCUCUCAACGACUCAGUUGGAAAUGCUGGCCGAGAACGAAAAUGGCGACCGCAAGCAGUUCAAAUUGUUCGUCGUAGACGUAGUGAAUGGGGUUUGCAUCGUUAACCUGCUGGACGAAUCUCUUUCUCCGGUAUUGAACGUGUCAAAAAGGUUGCUGAAGCUGCGAAAUCCUGCUAAAUUCAUCAAGGAACAACAACAAUCAGCACAAGCACAUCAGCAAAAAUCCGCUGCGGUCGCCAAACCAACAUUCCAACCUACUCAGUCGAUUCCGGCACAGCGGACUCCGGCACCAGCUACUGCUGUUCCCUCGCUCAACCCAUUCCAUUCGAGUUUGCCCGUUUCGGAAGUUACCAAUGCUUCCCAAACGUCAUCUAUACUACGAACGUCCGAGUGUGAGGUGAUAGAUUUGACCAAAGACGACUUUCAAACACCACAGUACCAACCGACGGUAGCUGGAAACAAUUACAAUUCCACCGGUUAUCGCUCCGGACCCGCAAGCAUUCGAAGCGGGCGCGAUGGUUACAGCUCCAGUCGAGACGGGAACAGUAGCUUUGGCAGCAGCAAAAAGGAGCGCUUCCAGCGUCCGGACAUUCCACGAUUCAACAGGGAACGAAAUUCAACUCCGGCCUACGUUGAGCACGACGAUCGUUGCGAGGAGAACAACAGUUACGAUUAUCAGGACAACCGCGCUGAACGCGAAAAGAAAGUUGCUCACAGGGAUCGUCCUAAUGACACGGGAAGUGAGUCUGGUUUCAACACGUUGUCAGUUGAAAGGCCCAGUUCAUCGAUCGACAGUUUAAGAUCCGUCGGACCUGAUUUGCUGGACGAUUAUGUCCCGUAUGAAUUUGUCCUACCGGAGCAGACGGUUCCGAUGAAUACUAAAAUGGCGAUCAAGCUAACCUGGUGGGUAUCGCCGGAGGAGUUCUACGUUGUGCUGAAGGAUAAUCACGGCAAGUACGACGAUAUGAUGAAGCAGAUGCAAAAGUUCUACAAAAACAAGCCUCCGGUGGAUGAUGUUCCCCCCGUUGGCUCCAACCUAGUUGUACGGUAUCAAAAGUAUAACACUUUCUAUCGAGCGCACGUGUUGAAGUACAACGAAGCGCUCGGCAAGUUCAAGGUGGAACUGUUUGACUGCGGCAACAAAACGAUCGUUACCGUCACCGAUCUGUGGAAGUUGGACAAACGGUUUACGACGCUACCAAAGAUGGCCCUCCAGUGUACGUUGGCUAACAUUAAGACCAGCUGUGAUGUAAAGGAGCUGCAAAAUAAGAUCGACAAAUAUGUGAACAACGAGCGGUCGAUCGAUUGUGUGGUUCUGGACCGAAGCGAGCAACGGUUCGUUUGUGAGAUUGAAACGAACGGGGCUGAUCUGAAGCUCGCGCUGCUGAAGGAUGAACUAGUUGCUCAAGUACUGACAGAUGUUGAUCUCGACCGCUUGAAGGGUCAAACACUGAAGGUGAAGCUGAUUGAUAUGAAAGGUCUCGACCAGUUCUGGGUGAAGAUUUUUGGCAACGAUGCUGUGCUAAAUUGUCGUCACGUGGAGUAUGCAGCCUACGAGUCAUCCGUGGUGGCUGAUAUUCGAGCCAGUUGGCUCGAUCAGUUCUGCUACGCACAGGUGGAAGACGUAUCAAAUGAUGAAAGAUUGAUACUAACUCUGAUGGUACCGCCCUUUACGGCUCAGAAUCCACCGACGAUCGUAGACAUGCCUAUCCUACAGAAUAAAUUCAUCGUCCGUGUGACAUACGUCCAUGAACCAAACUGCGUGUACGUCCAAAAUGUGAAAUGGAGCUCGGAGAUCGAAAAACUGCUGGACGACCUGUACGAUUACUACGAGAAGAACGGCGAAGUCGUUCAGAAUCUGCAGGUGAACGAACUGUGUGCGUCCAAAUCGGCCGAUGGCAAUUGGUAUCGAGCGAAAAUCAUUUCCCUGCAGGAUGUGGACAACAUCGAAGUGCUGCUGGUGGAUUACGGCAACCAUGAGCGGGUUAAGCAUCAGGAACUGAAAGUGUUGGAAGCUCAAUUUCGUGAGGACUGCGCUUUUGCGCAUCGUGUGUACCUGCCGAUGGCCUGCCUCAACGAGGGAGACGAGGAGCUGUUGAAACAGGAAAUCGCUCUGCUCACGGGCGGUUACGAACUCGAGCUGACCAUUCUCGACUAUCGGAACGAUAUUUGGAUCGUUGACAUCACCUCGAAUGAUUACAGCAUCAUAAGCGUCUUCAAAGACAAGCAGUUGGUGAAGAAUUUGGACUACGAAGAGAUCGUAAACCAGAAGACGGCGGCACCGGUCGGUGUCGGUGUCGAGACCGCCGAAGAAAUGGUCCCGGAGAAACCGGAAGAAACAGAAUCCGAGUCGUCGUUGCAAAAAGUAAAAGCCUUCGUCAGUCACGUGGACAAUCCCAAUCAAUUGUUUGUGCAAAUGUGUUCCGAUACGGACGAUUUGGACCAACUGCAGGAGAACCUGCAAAUCAUCGCCCAAGCGCUGCCUCCGCUGAAGGACUUCUCCGUUAAUCGCUACUGCAUUGCUCCCUAUUCGGCGGAUGAUUUGUGGUACCGCGCGCGCAUCAUCGACAGCCAUGACGAUUUAAUUAUUCAAUUUAUCGACUACGGCAACAGUGACGUGAUCACUAGUAAUAAGAAAAAUGACCUAAAAGAUGUUAACGAUAGUUUGAUGAAAUUUAAAAUUUAUGCCAAACAAUGCUCUUUGCUGGCGACUCCGGCGGGUGGCAAAAAGAGCUGGAACGAGGAAGCAACCGGGAUGCUACGAGAGCUGGAAGAGGUGGAGGUACAAUUCCUAAUCGAAUCGCAGGGUGUGAACUAUAUUACCCUGAAGAGCGGAACGAGAGACCUAACGGAAGAGUUGAUUUCUAAGCAAUUGGCCGUCAAGAUGGAGUACGUUUCGUCCGGACAGCAUUGUUUCACCAGUCACAUCGAGUCGAUCCGAGAGUUUUAUCUUCAGCUGGAGCGCGAAAUCAAUCCGCUAGAUGUUAUGGCAGAUUAUAUGGCACGAUACGAGGAAUUUCCUCUAGUGGACGAUCCCCAGGUUGGAUCGGUUUAUGUUGCCGAGUUUCCCGACGAUGGGCUUUGGUAUCGCGCACGAAUCCUCUGUAUUCUGGACGACAAACAGUUUGAGGUUUUCUUCCUGGACUAUGGCAACACGUCGGUGGUACGGAAUGUGCGUGAAUUGGAUGGGUUAGUGGCUGAACUGCCGUCGCUCUGUACGAAGUGUACCCUCAAGCUGCCGGAUGGCGUCAAAUCGUGGUCGGAAGAAGCGGAAGAUAAAUUCAAGGAGAUUGCUGCAAUGGGUGAAACGGUUUUCACCGUUCAACUCCACAACCCCGGCACGGUGGCUACCGUUGAGCUGUUCAUCGAAGAUGUGAACGUCGACGAGCAAUUGAUAAAUUUGUGCGAGAAAGGCGCGGCCAGCGUUAUGAAUUCUAGCUUCUAUCUUAGCGAAGAUAAAACAACAGACGAUAGUUAUCCUCUAGAAGGAUAUGUGUUCGUAAGUCAUGUAAACUCUCCUGCAGACUUUUAUAUCCAGUUUGGAAACACGUUCGAUGCUUUGAAAAACAUGGAAGAAUUACUCGCGAGUAAAGCGGCUCAAUGUGAACGCCUGACACACGAGGAAAUCUACGAAGGCAUGUACUGUUUGGCCUAUCUAGUUUCGUACAACAAGUAUUACCGUGCGCAAAUCAUUUCCGCUGCGAAUCGGCAAUACAAAGUGCAACUGAUUGAUUACGGCUUCACGUCGUUGGCAACCGACCUGCGUAAAAUGCCAACCGGUAUCGAGCAAAUAUCCCUCCUCGCAAAGAAAUGCUGCCUCGAAACGUACUCUCCCAACGAGCAGAACGUGCUGGAUGUGGUCCAGAAGCGGUUCGUUUCGCUCACCGAUUCCGGUCGAGCUAAAUUUUCCUUCGAAAUCGUUAGUAACGACGGUGAACCGAACAUCGUUCGGCUCUUCACCGAGGAUGGCAAAAGCGUCGAAGAUCUGCUCGAGUGUGUCGAGCCCGGCGGCGCCGACGGUGCGAACAAUAACUACAACCAUAGCAAGGCCACGGCGGCUAUUGCACCUCCUCCACCAACUCCGGGCGAUUUAGUUAAACCGGCUCGCUCCAAAACGAAGCAAGCUUUCUUCCGAUCAAGAAGUGACCUUGAAAUGUGAACAAACAAUAAAGUGCGCUGUGUUUAGAGAAUAAGUUACGAAUCGAGACGAAAAAUCAAACAAAAAUACCAAAAUCGAAAUUGUUACUGUUACUGUUACUGAACUGAAACUAAUAUUUAUAUUUUCACACACUAGUACUAGCACGUAAAUGAUUUAUUCUACACAAUUCUAUAUAGAAAGCUGUAUCAUUUAUCCUAUGCCAUGUAUCAAAAUGGUUGCGUUUGGUUUUAGUAGCGCAAUAUGGUUUUACAAUUUUUUUUAGUUAGGCUUGUUCACUCAUUAAUUAUCAUAAGCAGACAAGCACCCUCAGUCAGGACAAUCACAGUAUGAUACAAAUCACGAACUCAUUUAUUUAAUCCUAAUCUAAUCGAACUGAUCUUAUGAUUUCUCUAUAUAUAUAUAUAUCGAUAUUAUACUCCAAAAUAAUUAAUACAUUGAUGCAAAACAUCUUCGUUCAACGUAGAUGCGCGAAAGGAUGUAACACGUGUCGAAUAAACACCCAAUAAAGUUAAUCGUAAGUCUGGAAACUUAUUGUGCAAUUGGCACCAACCAAGCAAGCAAGCAAGCAAUAACAACUGAACACAACUCAACUUGGUUUUGCAUAGCAAAUGCCUUAAUUACAAUAAUAUUUAUUACCUACAUUUAAAUAAUUGUUAUAACACACGAGAUGGACCUAUUUUAUGGUGAAUUUAGAGCAAAAGCA